ACUGUCCUGAAGAGAAGCAGGCGGUCAUCACUCAGAGGGCAGAGCUGGAAUUCUGGAAAACAAGGAUAAUGGACAAUGUCCCAAUUUGGGGGAUAAGGACUUACAUAUGCCUACUCUUGUUGCAUAGAGGCUCGGGUUACCAAUAUUCUGAAGAUACUAAGUUCGUGACAGUUUUACAGAGUGUGCAAGCUUGGAGCGGCUCUUGUGUCCUGUUACCAUGUACACAUAAUUACCAAGGAGUAAUUAACGAUUACACAUGGUAUCACAAUCCAGUGUACGAUAACCAAGUAAAGGAUUUUAUAGGGAAAAUUGUUUACAAUAGCCUCAAAAAUACAGAGCUUGAUAGGUUAUUUGAGAACAAUGUGGAAUAUAGGGGAACGAAAGAGAAGGAUUGCACCAUACUGAUAAAAAACCUGAAGAAUGAACACAGCGGGCAGUACGGGCUGAGGCUGUUUAAGAGCGGAAACCCUGAUUUUAAGUGGAUGUCAAAGACAUACGUUAAUGUCACAGUAUCAGAUGCCGGGCCCAGUGUUGAAAUAGAACAAGUGCCUGAAAUUGAAGAGUUCCAGGCUGUGACUCUAACUUGCUCUAUAAAAUAUUACUGUCCUCUCCAUAACAUAAAGCUCUAUUGGAUUGAGGAUGUAAAUAGUACAGCUAAGACUGAAACAAGAUCUGACACAAGUGACGUAAGCACCAAAACCUCUCUGACUUUUCGUACGUCGUGGGCCGACCACAAAAAAAACUUCACUUGUGUUCUUCAUCAAGGGGAUCAAGAGAAAAAUGAAAGCCAAAGCGUACAGCUGAAUGUGAAGUAUCCUCCCAAGGAUGUGAAGAUUGUCCUAGAACCAGGUUCACAAACUUUCCGUGAAGGAACCAAGGUUAAAUUUGCUUGUGUUGUCGGAAGCAGCAACCCAAGUGUAACAAGCAUUGUAUGGUUCAAAAAUGAUAAACAAAUUUAUACAAUCAGGGGAGAAAUAUCUAUUAGAGCAGAGGACUCUGGGAUGUACACUUGUCAAGCUGGAAAUAAUAUAGGUCGUUCGUUAUCCCAACCCAUUUCCGUGGAAGUCCAUUAUGCUCCCAAAAAGCCAAUUAUCAACACAGAGGGGUCCGUAGUAGAAGGAAAGACUGUUACCCUGACUUGUUCCACUUCUGCAAACCCACCGGUCUCUCUUUACAUAUGGUACAAGAAUGGAAUGCAGUGUUUCAAUAGCACCAACAGUAUAUAUAAGAUUAAUGCAAUAACAACAUAUGAUAGUGGAUCUUAUACGUGUGCUGCUCACAAUAAUCUGGGAUCAGACUCAUCAGCCCCUCUAAAAGUGGACGUAAAGUAUCGUCCCAAGGAUGUGAAGAUUGUCCUAGAACCAGCUUCACAAACUUUCCGUGAAGGAACCAAGGUUAAAUUUGCUUGUGUUGUUGGAAGCAGCAACCCAAGUGUAACAAGCAUUGUAUGGUUCAAAGAUAAGAAAAGGUUACAAACAUUCAGGACAGAAAGAUCUAUUAGAGCAGAGGACUCUGGGAUGUACACUUGUCAAGCUGGAAAUAAUAUAGGUCGUUCGUUAUCCCAACCCAUUUCCGUGGAAGUCCAUUAUCCUCCCAAGGAUGUGAAGAUUGUCCUAGAACCAGCUUCACAAACUUUCCGUGAAGGAACCAAGGUUAAAUUUGCUUGUGUUGUCGGAAGCAGCAACCCAAGUGUAACAAGCAUUGUAUGGUUCAAAGAUAAGAAAAGGUUACAAACAUUCAGGGAAGAAAUAUCUAUUAGAGCAGAGGACUCUGGGAUGUACACUUGUCAAGCUGGAAAUAAUAUAGGUCGUUCGUUUUCCCAACGCAUUUCCGUGGAAGUCCAUUAUCCUCCAAAAGCAGCAAAAAUAACAAUUGAAAAAGAAUCGGUGACCAAAGAAGGAGAUCAGAUCACACUAAAAUGUUCAGUACAACAUGGUAACCCCAAGACCAGCCAUUUUGAGUGGCUCAAAGAUGGAAAAGUGUACAAGUCUACGGGAGAUUCAGAUAUCCUGUUGAUAAAUACAACAUGGAAAGACUCUGGAUAUUAUUCAUGUAGAGCCUCAAACAAUAUAGGAAAUAGCACAUCAAACUCUGCAUUUCUUAAUGUCCAGUCACUUCCGGAUGAGUUGGCUAAGUGUAACAAUAUGGAUUUUAAACUCAUUGCUGGUAUUGUAGCUGGUAAAAUCAUUACAAUUAUCCUGAUUUCACUGGGACUUUUAUAUAUUCUAAAGAGACGCAGGAAGACACGACAGUUAGGGAAAGGACACAAUGAGCGUGAAGGAGCAGAACCUACUUAUCAGAUAUGAAAUGGUAUGAUAAUAACAGGGUCUACUAGGACAGAAAAAUGACAUCUACAGCAACUUGAAUACGGAGCUGCAAAUAUCUACGUAGACAGCUCUUUUAACAGGGAAAUUGCACACCAACUCAGUGUGACAUAGAUAUUGGUGCCUUAUAACUACUACAUUAUCGAGUGUGAAAACAAAUUAUUAAUAGUAUUAUAUAGUUUGGAAAUGUUACCUGUUAUAAAGGUCUACUCCAAGGACUUGCCACCAGAAUAUAUUAGCCACUAGAAUAAAUGUCCUGCCAUACAUGAUAUAACUGAAUGGAGGCUUGAAGUCUUUCCGCACACAAUAGAUAUUAGAUUGUAAUGAAAUCCACACACUUUAUUACAUAGGGGGCACCUGUAUGUACAGCAGCACCUGUGUGGUUCACAGUGGAAUCCAAAUGUGAACGCUGCUCUUCCAAUGGAGUUCUGUGGCGAAUCCGUUGCAGAGUUAAUCGGCUCGGUCCCAGGAGCCCUGCUAACACCUGCAGUAGGGGACAGGACGGCUUCUACCUGGUAGCAAUCAGCCUACUUUGCAGCAAGCGACGGUGUACCUGCCACUGCUGCUAGACUGUGAGAUGGGACCCACCAGUGAACGCUGAUUCUGCAUGCUGCAAAUGCACUUGGACUUCAGACCACACAGAGGUGAUUGAUUGCUGCUGGUCAAUACAAGAUUUGACAAUUAAUAAGAACUUCAAUACAAAUUCUUAUGAUAUUGACCAUAUUCAUUUUUGGGAAUUCACGUGAGAACAAUCUCUAUAUAUCCAGCACAAUAGCCUGCCCUUGUAUGUGGUGCAAUUUAAAAAAAAUCUCAUCUGAGAAAAUUAUCCUUAUCAUCAAAAGAUGAAAAUUCAAUUAUCUGAGAAUUAACACCCCCGAAGAAGUCACCAUAGACGAAACGCAUUGGGUGAAAUAAUAUAUACUAACAGAGAGUUAAAUAGGGCUUGCAAGCCCUUGAAUUGUUGACAUCUGUUUGAAUUAUUAAGAUAAUGCAAAUUAAUUUUUGAAUAUUUUAUUCUAAUUUUAAUAAACAUUGUUUUUAUA